AUGUGGUCACUGCUAUUCGUAGUUGGGCGAUUCUUUUUGGUCCUCUUGGUUGGGACGAUUAUGAUUUUGCCUUAUACCUUAUAUUGCAAAAGGAAGCCUCACAUUAAAGCUCGCAAGGUUGGACCGUCUAUACGUGAGACAAAAUCUAACAAAGAAAGUGCUAUAAUUGCUAUGCAAACGCCAGAGCCGCUUCCAUCUGUGUUGCCUGAAGUCAAAAUGGAAGGAAAGUCACCUGACGAAGCUCACAAGGAAAACGUGCAAAGUGUCCAAAAAGCUUUGAAGGGCGACAACUUGAAAGGUUCGGAGCAGAAAGAGGUAAAGGAUGAAGGAAAAGAAUUUAUGAUCUACGGUUUGAACGACGGGAAGAAAGAAUCAGACUAUGAAGAUCAUAUCGCAAAGAUCGAACCGACGCAAGUUUCGUCAAGACUUAUGCAGGAGACACAAGCUUCAUCCAAGCACCUACAAGCGACACAAGAUUCAGUUUGAACAUAAGGGUACCAAUGCAAAGUGUUAAUUUCAAACUAUUCAAAGACAAGCUAUAUUACAAAUACACUUUU